CCCCCAUGGCUAAACGCUUUGCUACGGAUGACAAACAAACAAAACCCAUAUGACCAGAUGCUAACGAAUCAUUCGUCCUAGGGUAUAGGAAUGAGGGGUUUAUACUAACCAGGCAUCGGUGUUGAUCAAAGAAGAAACGGAUCUGCGGCGGAAACAAACAUCUGAAGGGGGAAAGAGAUCGUUAUUCUUUCCCUUGGGGAGGAAAAAAUGGCGGCCAAUAAGGUUUUAACGCAGAGGGAAGCAGACAUUCAGAUGAUGCUUGCAGCCGAUGUCCAUCUCGGCACCAAGAACUGUGAUUUUCAGAUGGAGCGAUACGUUUUCAAGAGGCGCUCAGACGGCAUCUUCAUUAUCAAUUUGGGUAAAACUUGGGAAAAGCUACAGCUUGCUGCAAGAAUUAUUGUAGCAAUUGAGAACCCUCAGGAUAUAAUUGUGCAGUCUGCAAGGCCCUAUGGACAGAGAGCAAUUCUGAAGUUUGCCCAAUAUACUGGAGCACAGGCAAUUGCUGGCAGGCACACACCUGGAACAUUUACAAAUCAGCUUCAGACAUCAUUUAAUGAGCCACGUCUUCUGAUUCUUACUGAUCCAAGAACUGACCAUCAGCCUAUAAGAGAAGCAGCACUUGGUAAUAUUCCUACCAUUGCCUUCUGUGACACUGACUCUCCAAUGAAACAUGUUGACAUUAGCAUUCCUGCCAAUAACAAGGGAAAACACAGCAUUGGUUGUCUAUUUUGGAUGAUGGCAAGGAUGGUUUUGCAAAUGCGGGGGACAAUUCUCCCUGGCCAUCCUUGGGAUGUCAUGGUUGACCUGUUCUUUUAUAGGGAGCCAGAGGAAGCCAAGGAACGUGAAGAAGAGGAGGUUGCACAGCCUGACUAUACUCCUGGUUUUGCUCUUGGUGCAGAUCAAUGGGGUGCAGAUACUGGUGAUGCCCAGUGGGGGGAGGCUACUGUUGCUGCAGUUCCUGCUGCAAUACCUGCAGUUCCUGCUGAUUGGAUGCCUGCAGCUGAACCUGUUGAUGCUGUUCAAUGGGAUGCGGCAGCCCCUCCAGUAAUGGCCCCAGCAUGGGAUGCAGCUCCAGUACCAACGGUUCCUGGAUCGGCUGCAACAAGUUGGGAGGCUCCAAUUGAUCCUACAAGUUGGCCUCCUGGUUCUCAAUGAUUUCAAUUUGUCUCUUUUCAACUCCAUUUUUCUGAGGAAGGUGGAAAGGUAAGCUUUCUUCCCCUCCCCAAACUUCUUCGAGUCAACUUUUGGGUUUUUCUCACCACUCAACUUGGGCCGUUGCUGGUUUGGUAGGCCUUUACAGUGAUCUUCUGACUUGUUGUUAAAGGCUUGUCCGAUCUGUGAGCUUGUUUUAGGGUCAACAUCCUUGUGUUGUUCCCUUUCUUUUAUGUCGCCUACAGGUUGUUUGUAUAUAGGGCCAACACCUUUGUUUUGUUGCUUAUUUUAAUGAAAAAUAUAUCUCUUGCAAAGAGUACAAACAUGUAUUCCAUUGCACCUAUGGUGCACAUGGGUUUUAAAUCUAAGUUCAUCCAAUGUGGGGAUGUUGUCUAUGUAGCCGACAAAAUUCUCUUGAUUAGAUAGUAUUUUGCCAUUUAUUAAUCACAAACUAAACACACAAAACUGUCUAAGCAAGGCAAUUUUGUUGAUUGCAUAGACAUUUUCCUUAUGUAUAUAGAGGAAGAUUAAGUGUGCAGCAAAUGGAAACCGAAAAGUCACAUGCAUUAACGACAAUGUUCUAAAAACUAUUGUUUCGUAUUGUACAUGAAAAUUUGAUGUUGUAAUAAUUGUAUGUUUGCUAUGUUCA